CAAGCUUUUCUUACCUAGCCUGCGGCCAUCUUCUAUCUUCUUUCUGUUUUCCUUUCUCUUUUCCUCUCUGUUUUUCUUUUUGAUGAUUUGAAGCCGACGAACUAUCACCGCCCCACAUCAGCCUGACAAGUACCCCUCACCACUUCUCGUUCUGAUUCGUCCAAAACAAUUUCCCCGCUCAAUUUUUCUCCUUGACCCAAUGGAUUCCGAUCCCAUACAUGACGUUAUCCUAGAUGAUAGCCUCAGUUUUAGUUCUGCAAACAGCUUGAAGCGGAAAUAUAUAGAGGAAACAAUUGACUAUCAGACUAUUACUGCUGAAACAUCCAGCCUUGAUCAGAAUCAUCAGGGCCUCUCAGUGCAAGCCAGAAAGCUCGCGUGCCCUUUCUUAAGGAAGGACUGUCAUAAUGCGGCCCUUUCCAGGACCUGUAGGCGCUCGGACUGGGAUUCCGUUGCUCGAGUAAAGGAGCACAUUUCUCGAUGCCACGCGCCAAAGAACCAGUGCCACAGAUGUCGUCGGGAUUUCAACAAUGCCAAUGAGCUUGCUAAGCACCAGCGCAACAUAAACGCAUGCCCACUAAUACUCGACGCCCCCUUGUCUCAGUUCAUCACGGCAGAUCAGAUAGUUCAGCUAAAACGUCGCGCCGGCAAGCGCGCAAACAUAAGUAGCGAGGAUAAAUGGUGUUCGGUCUAUAAGAUCCUGUUCCCGGGUGAUAGUUUUGUCCCGAGUCCUUAUCGUGACGAACCUUGUGUCGCUUGCAUAUCCAAGGCUUCAUCUCAAUUGCUCGAAAACUACCGCCAGCAUCAAGUGCAAGCGCUUGUACCGCUCGUUGAGCGCGAGUUAGCUGCUAUAAGCCACAGCCACGGGAUGAGCGAUGGUCUUCGCGCUCAUAUCACCGAUCUCUUCUCACGACUAAGUGUUAAAGUUCUUAAUGAGUUCCAAGAAAAGCAUGCAUCAAAUAUCCCCGAAAAUUACACAUUCCCCAGCGGCUGUGAAAUGGAACCUCGAAACAGUACAUGCGAGGCUGCGACUUCACCGCCUAGUGCGAUUACCCUUGCCUUCAGCCAGUUGCAGGACUUUCUGGGUUAUGACGCAGUCCCUGACAUGAUGCUAAACGGUUAUGAUUUGAUGGAAGAGAAGCUGGAAUAGAGCUGCAACAAUUGAGUAACGCGUACUUGAUGUGUAUGAGGGCUUCAUUGGGACAUAUUCUCAUACCGUUUCCAACUGCACAUUUCUCCCAUGCGGGGUGUCAUCUACUAGAAUUAUAUAUCGUCAACCUGUAUCUUCUACAGUAUCCCUCGCACAGGGUCGUUUAGCCGCGGCGCUAGUUAUAGUGAAGUGGGCCGAUACCCUCGGGUACUCCCGCCGCUAGAAGCUCGAUCUAGAAGAUUAGCCUAUUCUACAUUUGGGGAAGGAGUUGGACGUUUGGAGAGAAAAAUACUAUCUUCCUCACUUGGCUGGGCAUUAUCACUGUAAUGCCCUGUAUCAUGAACGAAACAAUCGAGAUAGCUGCUUUUCAAAUAGACGGACUUGACGUGCACCGUGCUAGGGGAAACAGUACAGUUAUAAUUACUUCCAAUGCCCCUUUCUAGUCCUGUUCUGAACGGUACUGUUUUGAAUACACCUAUCCUUUUCCGUCCGUACGUAGUUCGGGUCUAUAGGCGAGUAUUCAUUUUCCUAUGUAGCUA